CUUACAAGAGGGGCACCAGCCAUACUCCAGGAACGGGAUCCGCUGUAGCCUGCAGUGCUGGGAUACUGCUGAUUCCUUUGGAAACACAUUCCCCACCGCUUCUUGGCUUCCUUCAUCCACAGAAGAUUUACUCAUAACCCGAGUCACCGCGAGGGUGACUCACAGAGCCAGAACCUGAGGGCUCCUCACACGUUUAAGCGCUUUGAGCUUGACGGAAGGAAGCCCAGGCACCGCCACCUCAAGAGGAUCUGCGAGGUCAGCGUGCCACAGCCCUUCCUUCCCCCAGCACAGCCUGCAGAUUGGCCAGGUCGCCAGCAGCCCAGCAAGUUCACAACAGCUUCUGUGUCUCAUCUUCAAUAAGGACACCAUCUUCUUUUAUUGUUCAAGAAGGAAUUGUUCCUGUCAUACACUGGGAAAAAUGCUCUUUUUGGUGUUAGCCUUCCUGAUCUUUUGUGGUUUUCUAUGGAAUUAUAAAGGACAGCUAAAGAUCACAGACAUCACUGAUAAGUACAUUUUCAUCACUGGGUGUGACACUGGCUUUGGUAACUUGGCAGCCAGAACUUUUGAUAAAAAAGGAUUUCAUGUAAUUGCUGCCUGUCUGACUGAAUCAGGAUCAACAGCUUUAAAGGAAAAAACCUCAGAGAGGCUUCAUACCGUGCUUCUGGAUGUAACUGAUCCAGAAAAUGUCAAGAAGACUGCCCAGUGGGUGAAAAACCAAGUUGGGGAGAAAGGUCUCUGGGGUCUGAUCAACAACGCUGGUGUUCUGGGCGUGCUGGCGCCUACCGACUGGCUGACGGUGGAGGACUACAGGGAACCUGUUGAAGUGAACUUGUUUGGACUCAUCAGUGUCACGUUAAAUAUGCUUCCCUUGGUCAAAAAAGCUCGAGGGAGGGUUAUCAACGUCUCCAGCAUUGGGGGUCGGCUUGCGUUCGGUGGAGGGGGUUACGCGCCAUCCAAAUACGCAGUUGAAGGCUUCAACGACAGCCUAAGGCGGGACAUGAAAGCUUUCGGGGUGCACGUCGCGUGCAUCGAACCAGGAUUGUUCAAAACAGAUUUGGCAGAUCCGGUAAAGACCGCUGAAAAGAAACUCGCCAUUUGGAAGCAUCUGUCUCCAGACAUCAAACAACAAUAUGGAGAAGGCUACAUCGAAAAAAGUCUAGACAAGCUGAAAGGCACUACAUCCUUUGUGAACGUGGACCUGUCCCUGGUGGUGGAAUGCAUGGACCACGCUCUCACAAGUCUCUUCCCUAAAACCCAUUAUGCUGCUGGAAAAGAUGCCAAAACUUUCUGGAUCCCUCUGUCUCACAUGCCAGCAGUUUUGCAAGACUUUUUAUUAUUGAAACAGAAAGUAGAGCUGGCUAAUCCCAAGGCAGUGUGACUCAACUGACCGCAAAUGCCUGCCCCGGGAUAUGAGACUGGCUGAUUUCAAGGACCCAUCUCCCUCUCGAUCUCUUCUUUACCUAAUCCAACCUGGACUCAUUUAGAUCAUGCUUCUUUUGGUAAAAGAAGGGAUCCCACCCUCACUGGUGAUGUCUCAAGGUCCCUUCUCAAAUUUUAUUUGGAAAGAUGGGCAGGUAUGACACCUGCCCGAUAUUUAGGCUUUGCCUGCUUGGUAUAUUGUAAGGAAAAUGGAAAGGCUUUCCCAGCCAAAAUGAUCUCCACCCCUUGCCUGAGAAUAAGAUUCUGAAGGACUGGAGCUCAGCUCUGGGAGCUUUGAUGGGGGCAGGAAAAGGAAGGGUAAUGUAUUACGGGACUGCUAUAAGAUAAGGGGCAGCAGAAAAAUACUAGGUAGGACUACAAACAGGAGGGAAGGAAAAGGAGAAAAGGAAUAAGAGGACCGAGAAAAAGAAACAAGUGUGAAAGUAGAGGCAGGGAGAUUCCAGGACACGCCUGCCUACCCUAGAGGGAACUACAGAGGAAGGAUAGCGUCUUCAAGGCCACUGUGAACACUGAUGCCCACACAGCCAUCGGUGGAAAGCUGGUAACGAAAGAGGAACCAGUCAUUCCAAAAGAAGAAAAAUGUAGAGCGUGUUUAUUCUGGUGAUUGUAAAUAUGUCAAGACAUAAACUCUCUGAUACAACUUACACCGGAGAGGGUUGAAAAUCCACUAUUUGAGGUGUCCCUUAAGCCCUGUGAAAACACAGAGCUAAAUUCAAAGACUCCCUUUCACCUGCAGUUACAGUGAGAGCAGGUCUGCUUCUUGCCCACAUCAUGGCUCUAAGUUCUGCUGACUUUGGACCCACACCCCACCCGAAAGAAACAGCUGUCUCAACGGAUGCCUGCCCAAGCCCAUGCACCCAGCAUCCCUCACAGAGGUUGGUUGGAUAUUUACAUGAAAAAGCCCGAAUUGUCAACAUUUAACAUUUGUUGCAGAAUAACAUAGUGUGAACGCGUCAGGGAAAUUAUCUAGUGUGCAUGUGUGUGUACACACACACGCACACACACUGAACUUACUGUGAAGAAAAUAUUUACUGUCCGCUGCUUGAAACCAUGUCCCUUUGAAGAUAUCAGGAAUUCUGCUCACUUCCACUCACCUUUCAGGAAACACCUGCCUAAGAGGUAGCUUCCUCCUUUCACAUUUGCAGCAUACCGGAUGCCUCUGAAACAUCUGAUUUCCGAUGGUGUCAGGUCCACCUGAACACUUAUUCCAUAAUUUCGAGAGAAGACGCCCUCCUCCUUUUUGUAUGAAGAUGAAGGCAAGUCAUCUCAGCUGUCAUCGCUGCCUCCUUGUGAGCUGGCCUUCACCUUGGUCCUAGCCCCAGAGACAGUCCACCUGGAGGUCCCUGAUUUCUUCUGGUUGCAAUUAACCACCCACUUGUCAGGUGACCCUCACUCAGCUUGUCCUUGGAGCUGAACUUCAUCCACAUUGUUUGCUGGGGCUCCUCCUCCUUCGAUAUGCUUUUCUUCUUUUUUCUUUUUUCUUUGCUUUUUGUUUGUUUUUAGUGUGGUAAGAACACAACACAAAAUCCACCCUCUUAAUAGUACAAUAUUGUAAACCAUAGGCAUGGUGAUGUACAACAGAGCUCAGGAAUCCAGCCAUCUUGCGUAAAUGAAGUUUCACACAUGUUGAACAGCAGCUCCCCAUUUCUGCUUCCCCCCAGUCCCUGGCAACUGCCUUGCUUCUAUGAGAUUGCCUCUUUCACAAACCGCGUAUAAGUGGUAACAUGCAGUAUUUGUCCUUCUGGGACUGGCUCAUUUCACGUAGCAUAAUGUCUUUUAGGUUCACCCGUGUUGAGGCAUAUAAAAGGACUUCCUUCCUUUUUAAGGCUGAAUGAUAUGUACAUACCACAUUUUCUUCAUCUGUUGGUUGACAUUUAGACUGUUUCCACGUUCUGGCUAUUGUGCUACAAGGAACAUGGAAGUGCAAAUAUCUCUUUGUGAUUCUGAUUUCAGUUCUUUUGGAUAAAAGCCAAGAAGUGAGAUUGCUUGAUCAUAUGGUAUUUCUAUUUUUAAGUUUUUGAGGAAGCUCUAUGAUGAUUUUCAUAGUAACUGCACCAUUUUACAUUCCCAUCAACAGUGCACAAGGGUUCCAGUUUCUCCACAUCCUCACCAACACUUAUCUUUUGUUUUCUUGAUAAUAGCCAUCCUCACAGGUGUAAGGUGGUACUUCCUUGUGUGUUUGAUUUGCAUUAUUUGAUGAUUAGUGAUUAGUGAUAUUAAGCAGCUUCUCAUGUACCUGUUGGUCAUUUGCAUAUCUUCUUUGAAGAAAUGUCUAUUCAAGUCGUUUGCCCAUUUUUAAUCAGGUUAUUUGCCUUUUUGCUAUUAAGUUGGAGUAGUUCCUUAUAUAUUGUGGAUAUUAGGUAUGUUUUUUAGAGACAGAGAAAUGAAGUCACAGAGAGGAGAGCAACUUGCCCAAGUGUGGGCCAGGGUUCAAACCCAGGCAGGCUAAUGCCAGAACCCACCUUCAGAGCCACUGUACUUUAUAGAAAGAGUCUUAUGGAGUAUUUUUCUAAACUUCAAAACUGGGUCUGUGGAAACAAAACCUGAAUUAAAUUAAUCUAACAUGACUAUUGCCUAGCCAAUAAUUAUGUGUAAGAGUAAUGCAUAAUUUUAAGCAUAUAUAAAUAUACACUCUGUUUCGUUUUCCUAUAUUCUAUUUAAAAAUUUUUCUCACUUGUGAUAGAAUGACAAAGCACUUACACAUCAUUCCUCCGGUCCUUGAAGUUUUCUAACUGGAUUUCUAGAUUUCCUUUCUCUCCUUCUUUCUGUAUUUUUUCUUUUCUGUUGUUGUUGAUUUUAUUGAUUGUUUUCAUUAUUGUUAAUUAUUUCAGGAAUGUGUAUGUAAAGACUUUUUGCUAAUCUGAAU